GUGGUUGGUGUGGGGGAGGAUAGCGGCUACCAGCCAGAUAAACACACAGCAUUGGUUUGCAGAGCAGGAGUUAACAUGGCGGCACAGUUAGCCAGCAGAAAUGUUGUUUUACUACUGCGAAGGUCAGAGCUACUCGGGAUAAACGGAAUUUAACCAGCAGGACUCAGCCAGAACUAUCAAACACAGAGAGAAGAGGAGGAUGUCUGAAAGUUUCCCAUCAUUGUCAUCUUGCAACAAUGGCCUGAGGGCCUCUCUGGACUAAAGCCAAGACACUGAUAUGCAUUGAUCAUGAGUGGAGUUGGUGAAAACUCAUCUGACCCUGCCAGGGCAGAGUCAAGAAAACGCAAAGAAUGUUCUGUUGACCUCAUAGGUCCCAGUCCCAAGCGGAGCAAUGAGAAGCGCAAUCGUGAGCAUGAGAACAAGUACAUCGAAGAGCUCGCCGAGCUGAUCUUUGCCAACUUCAACGAUAUCGACAAUUUCAAUGUCAAGCCAGACAAAUGUGCAAUCCUGAAGGAAACUGUGAAACAAAUCCGACAAAUAAAAGAGCAAGAAAAAGCUGCUGCAGCAAAUGAAGAAGAAGUGCAAAAGGCGGACGUCUCAUCAACAGGCCAAAGUGUAAUCGACAAAGAUGCCCUGGGACCAAUGAUGCUGGAGGCUCUGGAUGGCUUCUUCUUUGUGGUGAACAUGGAGGGCAACAUCGUGUUUGUGUCUGAGAAUGUGACCCAGUAUCUGCGCUACAACCAGGAGGAGCUGAUGAACACCAGUGUCUACAGCGUGCUGCAUGUCGGGGAUCACGCCGAGUUCAUCAAGAACCUGCUGCCUAAAUCCCUCGUGAAUGGCGUCCCGUGGUCGAGUGAAGGUCCAAGGAGGAACAGCCACACAUUCAACUGCAGAAUGCUGGUCAACCCGCGCAGCGAGAGUCAGGACGAGACGCACGAGCAUGAACCCCAACAGCAGAAAUAUGAAACCAUGCAGUGUUUUGCAGUUUCAGAACCCAAGUCCAUCAAGGAGGAGGGAGACGACUUCCAGUCUUGCCUGAUCUGCGUAGCUCGAAGGGUGCCCACAAAAGAGCGGCCGUUGCCUCCCACGCACGAGAGCUUCACGACACGCCAGGACCUGCAAGGUAAGAUAACAUCCUUGGAUACUAGUCUGCUGAGAGCAUCAAUGAAGCCCGGCUGGGAAGAUCUGGUUCGGCGCUGCAUUCAGAAGUUUCACCUCCAGAGCGACGGAGAGAUGUCCUUUGCAAAGAGACACCAGCAGGAAGUGCUUCGCCACGGCCAAGCGUUCAGUCCCAUUUAUCGGUUCUCGCUCUCGGAUGGAACCAUGGUCUCGGCCCACACCAAGAGCAAACUGAUGCGCUCCCCCGGCACCAACGAGCCUCAGCUCUACAUGUCCCUGCACAUCCUGCAGAGGGAGCCGGCAGUUUGUGGAAUGGGUCAGGACAUGGGGCCUGGCAUGCAGGCCACUGGGAUGGCUCCAAAGCCAAUGAACUCCUCCACUCCCUCCAUGACUCCACCAACCCCAGGCAGUUUGCCAGGUUUGGGGCCUCAGGGCCAAGACACUACUAUCAGCAGCAACAGCACGCCUUUCUCCCCUCCGGGCCCAGCUGGUCCCAGAGAACCGGCCGCCAUGGGGGGUCAUAUGCAGAGUUACCGCUUUGGCUGUCCACUUCCACACAACCACACUGGAGGCAUGCAACCGCCACAGCAGGGCCCCAACUGGAGGAUGAACAGCCCCUCUCGGGCCAGCCCCAGCCCGGCUGGGGGACCACAUCCACCUCAGCAGAACUCUAUGCUGUCGCCCCGGCACCGGGGAAGUCCUGGGGGGGCCAGCAGCCCUCGCGUAGCAGGAGGCCUGCACUCGCCCUCACCGGUGGGAAUGUGUGGAGGUGCAGGUAAUGGCACGAAUAGCGCCCAUCCGAACAGCUACACCAGCAGCUCUCUGUCAGCUCUGCAGGCCCUGAGCGAGUGUCACGGGGUGGGCCAUGGACACGUGCCCCCUCACGCUCACACAUUAGGCUCUCCCGACAGGAAAAUUGGCUCCCCUUCUGGGGUUACACCGGGGUCGGGGGUCAACACACAUAUGAUGUCAAAACUUGGAGGUUCUACUAGCUCUUCAGGAGAAUUUGGACCUUUUCCAGACGGAAGUCAGGGUCCUCAGGCUCAGACUGACGGCAGUCAAACCGAUCCCAAGGAUGAGAGUCACAUACAAGAAAACAAGUGUCAUACAAAGUUACUGCAACUACUUACCACCAAGCCAGAACCUCUGGAGACACCCUUGUCCCCUGGUGCAGACGGGGAGUGCAAGGACCAGGCUGGUUCAGGGGUUCGGGCUGGCCACACAGGAGGUAGUACUCAUGCCACAUCCCUCAAAGAAAAACACAAAAUCCUCCACCAACUGCUUCAGAAUAGUACAUCUCCUGUAGAUCUUGCCAAACUCACAGCCAAGGCUACAGGGAAAGAACUGGGCCAAGACACAACUCAGAGUGCUGGCAGCACAGCUUCAGGGGCGGAAAUCACUCCUAAGCAGGAACCAUUGAGCCCCAAGAAGAAAGACAAUGCAUUGUUGCGCUAUCUACUGGACAAAGACGACACUGUAAUGAAGGAUAAAGUUCCCAAGCUGGAGCCAGGGGAGGUGAAAAUUGAAGAUUGCAAACAGCCACAGGUCAAGAUAGAGAAACAAGACGCAGGAUACGACCGCGCUGAGCAGCCUUCAGAGCUUGAUGACAUCCUGAACGCUCUCCAGAACACUCAGCCGCAGCUCUUUGUCGAGUCGCGUCCCGUUUCCCUGCCCAGCCCCAUGGACAAGCAGAACAUCAUCAACGACAUCCUGCAGAUGUCCGACAACAAUCCCUCCAUGGCACCGCAGCAGCAACACAGAUGCCUCGGACCUGGCAUGGGCCCCUCUAACUUCCGACCAGGCCAGCCAGGCAGGGGACUUCCUGUCAGGAGCGUCUCUGUAGAACUGAAUGUGUCUCCUCAGCAGCCUUCAUUACAGUAUCCCAUAAGGACAACAAGCCCAUACACCCUUAUGCAGCAGCAGCAGCAGCAGCAAGGCAUGAUGGGAGGUCAAGGCAUGAUGGCUAACCAAGCUGGUAUGGUCAGUGGAGGAAUGAUGGGUGUGAGCGGUCCACAGCCGGGCAUGCAGCAGCAGGAGAGCUGGGGGGGCUCAGCCUCCGCGCCUCCGCUGGGAGCGCCCGGACAGCAGAGCGCCAUGCAGGGCAGGAUGGGUCCCGGCAGUGCUCCCAUGAGGCCGAGCAGUCAACCGGGGCCUCGACCGAUAAUGCAGUCUGCAAUGAUGGCUGGGGCUCAACCUGAUCUGGACAUUGGUAUGGUUGGUCCCCAUUUCUCACAACAACAAGCUCCACCCAACCAGACCGCCCCUUGGCCAGAAAGCAUGAUACCCAUCGACCAGACAUCGUUCAUAAACCAGAACAGGCCUGCACCCCAGGAGGACUUGCUGCCGACUGCAGGUGACGGCAGCACAGUGGAUGAGGGGGCGUUGAUGUCGCAGCUCUACACUGCGCUGAAGGACUUUGAUGGUCUGGAGGAGAUCGACCGCGCUCUCGGGAUCCCCGCUUUGGUAGAACAGAGCCAGUCCCUGGAGCCGGACCACUUCCAGCAGGACCCGUCUCUGAUGAUGGACCAGAAGCCUCCGAUGUACGCUCACAUCGGCCCGCCUUCAGCUCACAUGGCUCAGAGGGGCUACGCCGGUACGCCCAUGCAAGAGCCCGGCUUUCACCCCAUGCCUGGCCAGAUGGGUCCUCGGCCUGGUUACCCAAUAAUGAGAAUGCAGCCCCGACCUGGAAUCAGGGCCCCCGGGCUCGUUCCCAACCAGCCCAACACACUACGACUGCAGCUGCAGCACCGGCUCCAGUCCCAGCAGAACCGGCAGCCGAUGAUGACUCAGAUGAGUAGCGUGUCAAACGUGAACCUACCUCCUAGAGCCAACGCUCCAAACCAGGGAACCAUCAAUGCUCAGAUGGUGGCACAACGCCAGCGGGAGAUGCUUAGCAACCACCUGCGGCAGAAGCAGCAGCAGCAGGUGCAGCAGGCCCAGCAGCAGCGGAGCAUGGCCCUGAGGGCCCAGGGCCUCAGCAUGGCCCCCAACAUGACCGCCAGGAAUCCUCAGGCAGGGCCGCAGCAGUUCCCCUACCCGCCCAACUACGGUACCAGUACAGGCCUGGCCUCGUCACCUCCCCCCACCAGCCCCUUCUCCUCCCCUCUGUCCCCCAGCUUGCCCUCUCUCCCUCCCGGCUCUCAGCUCCACAUGCAUGGCACCUCCUCCUCCUCCACCUCCUCCUCCUCACAGAUGAUGAUGGGCGGACAGUACGGGGCCGUACUCAGCCCCCAAAUGCAGCACAGUGCCUUUCAGUUUUCCAACUCAGGUAUGAGCCAACAGGCAGAUGGGAGUUUUGGAGGUCCUGGAACCCCGCAGAGCCCCCUGAUUUCUCCUCGCAUGGCCCACACGCAGUCCCCGAUGAUGCAGCAAACCCAGCAAAACACCGCUUUCCAGGGCUCCCCGGACAUGAACGGCUGGCCACAGGGCAACAUGGGAGCCAACAGCAUGUUCUCACAGCAGCAGGCAUCGCCGCAGUUCAGCCAGCAGAACAACAUCUACAAUGGCAAUGGCAUGAGCCUCAACAGUGUCCCCAUGACGACCAACAUGGCAACCAGCAGUAUGAGCAGCAUGGGCCAGAUCGCUGGUCAAAUGAGCUCCUCAUCCAUGCGGUCAGGGCCGUCGCCCGGCCUGCCUCCCAUUGGGCAGGAGCAGAAAUACUGUUGACCCUCGUGAAGCCUCCUAACCUGAACCUCAGUGAUCCGCUGGUACACGGGGCGUGUCGGCCCUUUAAGAAUCAAGACACUCAAAAAGCGGCUGCCCCUUGGACCAGCCAGGCUGCGCCCUGACCUCUUGCACCCCCUCAUCCCGGCCCAGGUUGUAGCCUGUCCGGCUGGGCCUCAGACAGACACAGGAGUGUGCAGAAGGCCAAAGGAUCUUCGUCCUACACCCUCCUGGAGGAGACCCGUCUGCCUGAAAGCUGCAUUCACCACAGUGUGACUUAUGCCGGCCCCCUGGUGGUUCACUGACUUUGGAGGGGGCGGCGGCGGUGGGUGUGGAAUCGUAUUCUGAUGAAUGUAUCCCUUUCAAUAGACAGCAGACAUUACCGAUCUCAUCUCAAGAAUGCCGUACACCGAUCCUCCUCCUUCACGCAUUCAUUCACCAUCGCGUCAGCCGGCCCACAGCGGCAGCAGAGACUCCUCAUUCGGACAUUUUUGGAAGGAGUUCCAACUCGUUACCGGUUUUGCCUUUUUGGUUUUGCUGUUCUUUAUCUUACAGUUGUUCUUUUACUUGUUUAUUUUUUUUUCCUGUUGUGAAACGUCAGACGUGAAGUGAAGGUUUGCUGGGAAAAACUGAUCCUGACAAACACUGCAGAACGGUCUGAGUGAAAUUCUAUGGUUAGAAUAAUUUAGUUAAGAGGUUUAUAUAGUUUAUUAAAUUAAGUUUUAUUUUCUGUAUAGAUUAAUUUUAACUAUUGUAGAUGAUUCUUUAUUCUAGUAGCCAGAAGAGUAUUUCUCAAAGUGUGAAAGAGGCACUUUUCUCAUGUUGAAAAUAACUGUUAUAUUCUAAGAUUCUUCUAUUAACCUGAAUGACAGAUGAAACUCUGGUUGCGAAAUUUCAGAAGAUGUCGAUAUCAAAUGUGGUUUCAUGAAUUGCAGAGAUUGUACAUACCGAUAAGUAAAACCAUUUUCUUCUUAUUUAUUUGACUUCUUAGGGGUUUCCGUUCUCCUAGCCUGGUCACAGCUGCCUCUGGAAGUGGGCGGCGGCGUUCUUGUCCGUUUUCAGGAACGUUCUGGUACGAGGGUGGGGCGGGGUGUGCUGUGUAUACAGUGUACAUAUUAUCGCUUGCUUCUCUGCCUUUAGUAUAGCACACACACAAAAAAAGAAAGAGUCGACACAGCCAUAUGGUAACUCAAAAAAAAAAAGUUUAAAAAGCGAGCUAUGUUUUCUGAAGUGAGAAGCGCUUCAUACAAGCUGCUAGGUGCAAACUGUUCUGGUGUUAUGUAAACGAGCAAUAACAACUUCAGAAUUUUUUUUUUUGUUUUUCUAAUUUUUUGUACAGUGUUCUGACUAAAAAGAGGACACGUUUGUUCUGCUUUUGGAUGCAGUAUUAAAACACAGUUUUCUAUGGCAGUUUGUACCAAGGAAAUCCACAUGCAGCGUUCCUAAUAGAUUAUGCAGAUCUGGGGGGGGGGAGGUAGUUCAUCCCUUCCCCCUCCCCUUUUGUUCCAGCCAUCUUUCUAUUGGAGAGGUCACAGAGUUGGGACUGCACACUUCACAGGACCUGCUCUUACAGCCAUGUUUUCUGACCUCAGGCGUAUCCUAAUCGGUGAUGGCGAGCCGCUCUUGUGGUUCAACCGCCACAAGAUCCAAAGCGAGUCGAUCUCCCUAACCUCAGAGGCAGGAAAAACAAACAAAAAAACUUUUUAUAUACACUAUUUUAACCCAGGAAGAACUUUGAGCAAGCCAAAUAAUUCUCACCUUUCAAUUGGAUUUUUUACUUUUCCUCAGCUCUUGGUUAGCAAGCCCAUCCAAAUCCAUGAAAGUCACGAUCCGGUUACAAGUAGAGAAACAAUCUGAAUGUACGGUCGUUAAAGUUAUACCGAUGUGGUACUUUCCUCAGUGAUCUUCAUCUAUGCCAGAGGAAAUUUGAAGUCUUCAUCAUCAAUUUCCUGCAAGUGUUUUGUUGAGGCUCUGCAAGACACGUUUUUAAAAUUCUACUUUUCUUUAUUCCAACCGUCGCUGUUUUGAUUGUAAGAAACAGUCGUGCAGAAUAAAACCUUUCUAGCUCAAAAUGAUUUUUAAAGAAGGGAUUCUCAGCCCAUUGCAAAAUUUCCAAAGAUUUUCAGUGUUUAAUAUGACUAAAAGCCAUGUGGUAGCAUCCUUUUAUUUUUAUUUAUAAUGGCAAAAGAUGCAAAAAUAUAUCUUUUUGUCCUUAUUACAUAAAAAGGAAAUCUAGACUUUUGGACCCAGUAAACAAAAGUAUUGUUUAUUUUCCUCCUUAAUUUAUGUCUUUAGAGUUCUUUAAGCGCCCUUUUGUAAUGUCUGCCAGUUUUUUUAGAGCUAUGAUGCAACUUUAAAUGCUAAAAAACCAGAGCAUAAUGCCUUAGAUUUCAUCCGCUUCUGUUCCUGUACAUUACACUGCUGUCUGUGAAUCCUGUAUUAUAUUGAAUGGAUGCAACAUUCUUUUACUCUUUUCUCAGCUGCUAGAAACUGAGUCGCAGCUUCGGGUGACCCCUCCCCCCCAUGUACCCCCCCCCCCCCCUCACUGAUGAUGUAUGGAAACCAUAUGUAGGGAAGCUGAAGCAAUAUGUAAUAUAUUGUAGGGACUUUGUGCCGUUUUCACCUUCUCUUUCUUUUUGGGCUUCGUUCACAGGAGUGGCAGUGCGUUCUCUCAUGGGUCUUUGUGGAUGUGUGUGCGUGCAUGUGUGACUGUUUUAUGCAAAAUUAGACAUUUGUGAGAAUUUAAAAACCCCAGUUAUGCAAGUUGUGACCUAAUAUGGCUUUGCUGAUGCUUUUUGCCUUGUAAAUAAAGAAUUCUGUUAUUGCA